AUGGUAACUGAGUAUUCAAGGAACACAACAGAUCCCUAUGUAGUUGAGGAGAGCAGACAUCUCGUAAAAAUCGGACACUUAGAAGUCGAGACGAAUAAUGGCAUAAUAGUGAAAUCGGUGCGGCUGUCGUUUGGGCCUGUUGUUUGGAUACAGUUAGCAAAAGUCAAAAUUGAGGAAGUCAACAUAUCAGGAACUUCAGUCACUCAUCUUUCUAAGGAAUUCGUUUUUAGCUCCAAACUUGAGACAUUGAGAGUUCGUGGAUGCCCAUUAGUGUUUCCACCCAUUGAAGUGUGCAAACGAGGCAUUCGUGUUAUAAGAGAAUAUUUCCGUGAGCUGGAUAAGGUGGGUGGAGUGCGACGUGGCAGAAUAAAGAUUUUAGUGAUGGGAAUUACAAUGGCAGGAAAAACAAGCCUCAUUGAAGCACUGGAGAGUGGUAAACCAUUUCUGGCAGAACCCAAUGAGAGAACUAUAGGGGUAGCAGAAAAAGUAAUGAAGCUGGAUGAUAAAAUAGAAUGCAAAGUCAUUGACAGUGGUGGCCACAAAGCGUACAUGCUAACCAACCAGCUGUUCAUCAGUGACAAUUCAUUGGUAUUGAUUGUUGUUGACAGCGAUCAGUAUAAGUUUACUCAACAAUGCUUUCGACAAAAUAUUGCAGAUUUCCUGCAAGUUGUGUAUGACCGAAACAGCAGAGCUCACAUUGCUAUUGUUGUGAGUAAAGUUGAUCUGAUGGUCGACAUGUCAAGAGAAGAAAUGAGUAGAAAGUGGAAUGAACAUCUGCACACUUGUUUACACGAAUUCCUAGAAAACAGACAAGCUGAGAUCGAUGGAAUGGCUGCAGCUGGUGAUUCUCCAAAGAACAAAUACGUGUCAGAACGUCUUCAGUUCUUCAACUUCCAACGAAUAACUGUUGAAGAAAAUGUAAUACUGACAAGUGCAGCUACACAUAAAGGAGUGGUCAGUCUAAAGGAUCGUUUAAGGAAUCUGUCUAGUGAUAAGCGUUUGCUGCCUUCACUGCACACAGAAUUGCCGUCAUCAUGGGUAACUGUAGAAGACAAGUUGAUUGAACCACAACCUCCCACGUCUGUCCCCAUUACAGAUGUUUCUGAUGCAAUGCAACUGUGUGUAGAGCACGGACUGACAGAAGAAAGCUGUCGUGAGUUGCUAAACUAUCUGAACCAGGUAGGAAGCAUUCUGUAUUACUCUCAUCACCCACCUUUAGCAGAAGUUCUCUUUCCGAAGCCACCAUCUGUAGUCACUGUGCUGAAGGCCGUUUUCAGACACGAUCAUAAAGAUUUGGCAUAUGACCAUCGUUUCAGAACGGCUAAUAUCAGUCGCGAUCAGUUUGAAAACAUGCGCAAUGACCUUGUUUUUAAUGGCAUUGCUAGGAUAUCUAUGCUGCUGGUGCUGUGGAGUAGGUUGCUCGGUACUGCAGUUCAUCAUGUUAACGUGUUCAUUAAGCUUUUUCUUGCUCUUGACUUUGGUUAUCUAACUGGCUCGUCGGCUGAUGUAGUUCAGGAACUGGCAGACACUUUGGGGAGACGGGAGAUCACUUCAACUCCACCGAUUAGCACCAAUACACCAUCAAAUUCAUUAGUUCAAGUGUUAGAUGAAAAUCAAGAGCAGACAGCCAAAGAAAUGAUUUCUAAGCUAAAACAACAUAAUGUUGGCUUGCUGUUGCCAUGGUUACUCAAUGAUGAGAAACCAGUGGAGGUUAGUGAACUUUGGCCUCUAGCUAUACCACAUGGAGUCAUGCAAGUUGCUGUCAAAUACUCGUUUGCAUAUGAUCGUCCAUUGGGUUUGUUUGAACGACUGUCUGCUCGUUGCCAUCGUCACUCCAGUUAUAUUUGUCACUGGAACAGUGGACUGCUGAUGUGUUAUGGUGCAGUGACUUUGUAUUUCACUUGCAGCAAGAAUGGUUCACCUGGCUCUAUAUGUCUCAAUGGUAGAGUAGUCAAGUCACAUCACUGUAUUGGCAGAUUGUGGCAUGUUCUUCUUCGUUGUGUGUCAGACAUGGAGGAUCUCCUCCAGUCUAUUCCUGGUGCUCUCACUGAUCGAUUCAUCUGUGGUGGAAGUCUUACUGCAACAAGUAGAAAGUCUCUUCUUAAUCGACCAAGGCAGUUUGUGCCAAAUGAAUCUUGGGGAUCAUUUGCAGUAGAUGCUGUAAGAGGAGCAUACAGUGCAGAGAUGGCAAAGCAUGUAUCAGCAAUAAAUCAAGUGUGUCCGAGUGUAAAGAAAGGUGUUCUUCUUGCUCAAGUUUUGUCUCCAGACAGUGGAACUCUAGUGGAUGAAACGAACCUUCAACAGAUUGCAGCAGCUAUAAAAUUGCAAUGGCCUACACAAACAAGUAUCAGUAGUAUUAGUGGUACUGACCAGUUGAUGGUGUCACAGCUGCGUGAAAAUGUUUCUGACUCACGUAUUGCCUAUCCAGCUGUAUUUUCAAUUAUAAGCGAGUGGCUAGAAUCAAGAAGCAAGCCGUUGAUGGUAUGCCAAUUGUAUGAUGCUCUACUCUCUGAUGGCAUUCUUUCUGUGCUUGAACAGCAUUUGAGAGACUUUAUGUCACCUGAUGUAGCAACUGGAUUACAACAAUCUGAAGAGGCAGUGACAACUGUUUCUAAGAGUGUGACUUUACCCAUCAUAGAAAUAGUAGCCAAAAAUGUUGCACAUCGUUGGCAUGAAAUUGGUACAUACCUUGGAGUUUCAGGAGAAGUGCUAAUAGAAUGUGAUCGACAACUUUACACAUACAAAGAGAAAUUACGUAAAGUUUUGUCAGCUUGGACGGAUCAAGACAAACAUGCUACAGUUCAGCAGUUGUUGGACGCUUGUGAUAAAGCUGAAGUGGGAGGAAUAGUCAGGAGAGAGAUUGAACCUCAACUUGAUGCAUCACAUUAACAGGAACUUGCGUGUUUAUUAUGUCACGAGGUACAUUUACACAAGAAUUUGGGCUGAGAAAUAGAUGAACUGGCUGUUGAUUAUGAGUAUCCUCCAUGUCUGCUGUGCUGUCCAAAUGUCAUUCAAGAGAGAAAGUGUCCAACACUGCAGCUGUGAAAUGAAGACGACAGCAGUUUACAAGUAGUUAUGACUGUGUGAAUUACAUAAUUGACAUGGCAUCAAAAUGUCUGUUAUAAAGGAUCUUGGUCAUAUACGCUGACUUGAUUCUUCAUGUCAGACAAAGAGACGACAUCAUCAGUACACACAUUUGCACCACUCUCAAUAGAUUUUC